AUGACGCCACCCGCGAACGCGAACGAACGAGUCGUCAUAGCCGAAUCUGGGGAUGUAUUGCUCACCCUACGCAACCCGGGUGCGCCCUUCGCUGUUUGGGAACGUGAAGCCGAAGAUGGCGAUGCAGCCAAUAAGUCUGUCAUCAAAGAAGAGGGCAAGGAAGAUGAGGAUGCAGACCAGGAUUUGAAGGCAGAAGGCCCGCCACAGAAGAAGAGAAGGAUGGCAGAAAGAUCGAGGCAGGGAGCAGAAAUUCAAGACGAUUUAGGGGACGAUCCAGAACGCCCUUGCUUUGUGUAUCAGGUCUCGUCUCAACACCUAAUCACAGCUUCGCCAAAGUUCAAAAGCGAGAUUAUGUCUUGGAGCGAAAACAACAAAGCAGACGAUGGGUUUUACUACAUGGAAACCGCAGACUGGGACUCAGAAGCAUUUGCUAUACUUUUGAACAUGCUUCAUCUCCGCUUCCGCCAAGUGCCCAAAGAGCUGAGUCUGGAGUUGCUCGCCAAAGUCGCCAUGCUAGUGGACUACUACCAAUGCUGGGAAGCGUUCGAUCUGAUCGCUAAUUUAUGGGUCACGAACGCUCAGAGGAAGCACCGAGUACCAUACACAUAUGGUCGCGAGCUCAUGAUGUGGAUGCUCGUCUCCUGGGUCUUCAAGUUGGACACGGUAUUUGACAGUACCACCAACGUAGCGCUGCGGAAAAACAACCGGCCGAAGAUCCAACAUAUGGAAUUGAGCAUUCCACCAGCUGGGCUCAAGCGAAGUGACUUCGUGGAUCGCGAUGAGGUUGAGACGGAGUAG